GUUAGUAACAUGGAAAAAGCACUUUCUAAUAAUAAUAGGGUUCUAAGUGCAAAACAGAAGAGAGUGUAGCAUUAUGAUUAUGAUUAUUAUAAUUAUAGAACAGCAUAUAUACUAUGGAAAAUUGAAAUUGUGGCCUUGGUAGUUGGUAUGCAGAGCGAGAUUUUUAUUUGGUUGGCAAUAUAAUACAGGAAUAAAGGCUGCACAUAAAUUAUUUAAGUUGAAAAAUGAAAUGAACCAUAUUCUAUGGUUGAAAUGACCAGAUGAACUUUGGUAUCACAUGCUUUGAGUGAUGUGAUCCAUUAUGAAAUUAAAUUGGAACCAAUUGAUAACUAAACAUUAAAGAAAGCUUAGUGAGGUGUAAAGUUUGUGGCUGAUUCCCUUGUUGAUCAUAAGGUGAGGUUAUAUAUAAGGGGUUGGAUAAAAGCAAGAUUGAAGCAAUUUCGUUAGAACAAGUUUGAACAGAUAAAGAGGUACUACUACGUACCUGGUUGCAGCAACCUCGAAGCUAGUUCAAACUAGUGGGAGGUUGUGUGCAGAGAAAGCGCACACAUCAAUGGCUCGUGGAAGAAUUCAGUUGAAGAGAAUAGAGAACCCUGUGCACAGGCAAGUUACCUUCUGCAAGCGCCGAGCUGGCCUUCUCAAGAAGGCUAAGGAGCUCUCUGUCCUUUGCGACGCUGAAAUUGGCCUUGUCAUUUUCUCCUCUCAUGGCAAGCUCUAUGAACUCGCCACUAAAGGAACCAUGCAAGGGGUGAUAGAGAGGUACAUGAAGUUCACUACUGGGGCGGCUCAGCCUGAAGAACCACCAACUGAACCGCAUCAUCAUCCUCUUGAUGCUAAAGAGGAAGCGGAUGUUCUAAAACAGGAAAUUGACACAUUGCAAAAGGGAAUCAGUUAUUUGUUUGGAGGAGGAACUGGGACAAUGACAAUCGAUGAUUUACAAAUCUUAGAGAAGAAUCUCGAGACUUGGAAUGAAAUGAGUAGUAAUCCCCAGUUUGCAUAUAUAUGCACAUCAGAUGAACCUCAUGUUACAAGAAAUUCAAGAUUUGAGAGACAAGGAGGGUACACUCAAAGCAGCAAACAAGUUUCUCCAUGAUAAGAUUUUGGAGAAUACAACUGCAUUUACUAACUUUGCUCCAUUUGCUACUGACUCAACUUACCCACUAACUAUACAAGAUGGGAUUUUUCCAGCUCUAGGAAAUGUACUUGGUUAAUCAUAAUUAUUAUGUCAUAUAUAUGUUUUAGUGACUUAUUAAAGAACUAGAUGAAUAUUAAUGUGGUGUAUAAUUACUUAGACAUUAUUGAAUAAUGUUGUAUGAACAAUAUAUAAGAUUUGCCCAGUGGUGUAUGUAUGUGCAACAUUGUGUUGUUGCAAUACUAUAUAUCUAGAAUAAGAUUAUCAUGUGAAAAAUAAGUAUGGUUUCUAUUAUUUUACA